CAACAUCGUUCCAAUAUAUUUAUAUAUAUGCAUGCUGCUCAACUUCGAUGAGUGGGUGUCAUUGGCAUUGCAAUUGCAGAGUCAGAAGAUAUUGACUACAAUGGGAACUCCCAUGCGCAGUGGAAAUUUUCGAACCGCUACCGAGACAAUGAGGCUCACUGUAGGAGUUUUUAUUGGAGUUGUUUUUGGUUUCUUCUUAGGAGUAUCGUUUCCAACGCUCUCAUUGAGCAAGAUGAAUCUCCCCUCCGGCCUUUUCCCAUCCAUUGAUCUCACGUAUAUUGAAGACAAAUACUCGAAUGUUCAAAACAGACCAGUUUGGGACGCCUGGGAUUCAUUUAGGGGUAACAGGAAGAUGUCUAAUGGACUUCCCAAAUUGAAUGACACAAAGAUAUGGGUCCCCACAAAUCCUAAAGGGGCUGAAAGACUACCCCCUGGUAUAGUCAAUUCUGAGUCGGAUUAUUAUGCUCGUCGAUUAUGGGGUCAGGUUCCUGAGGACCUACCCAUCAAACCUAAGUAUCUGAUAACUUUUACUGUUGGUUACGAUCAGAGAAACAAUAUUCACGCAGCAAUAAAAAAGUUCUCUGAGAACUUCACCAUUAUCUUGUUUCACUACGAUGGUCGCGUUAGUGAAUGGGAUCAAUUUGAGUGGUCAAAGCGGGCUAUCCAUAUUAGUGUUCGGAAGCAAACUAAAUGGUGGUAUGCUAAACGCUUUCUACAUCCUGACAUUGUGGCACCUUAUGACUACAUCUUUAUUUGGGAUGAGGAUCUGGGUGUGGAGCAUUUUGAUGCAGAGGAGUACUUGCGUUUGGUAAGAGAGUACGGUUUGGAAAUCUCACAGCCUGCUCUAGAUCCGCGUAGUGGUUUCACUUGGCAGAUGACAAAGAAAAAAGAUGAUACUAUAAUUCACAAGGACGUUGAGGAGAAAAAUGGUUGGUGUGCUGAUCCACGUCUUCCACCAUGUGCUGCAUUUGUUGAGAUCAUGGCCCCUGUAUUCUCCAGAGAUGCUUGGCGUUGUGUAUGGCAUAUGAUACAGAAUGACCUUGUUCAUGGGUGGGGUCUUGAUUUUGCUCUCAGAAAUUGUGUGGAGCCUGCUUAUGAGAAAAUAGGAGUUGUAGAUGCUCAGUGGAUACUCCAUCAAGGUGUUCCUUCACUUGGGAACCAGGGGCAAGCGCAAGAUGGGAAGGCACCAUGGCAAGGGGUGAGAGAUAGAUGUUACAAGGAAUGGACAAUGUUUCAAGAACGAAUGACUCAAGCAGAGGGAGCAUAUUUUCAGGCUAUGGGAAUUACUCCUCCAAAUUCUUCUACAAAUUACAUAGGAUGAUAGUAGAGUGCAGGAAACUUGGGAUUAUCAUUUUCGUCUUCCACAUGUUUGUUUGACCAAGUUGCUUGAGCACUAACAUUUAUAUUUAUCAUUGGUCAUCAUUCUUUCAAUUAUCCGUAUCCCUUGAAGCUUGUAUACAAAUUU